CUGAUAGGCACACAGCACCGAAAUGUCUGAAGCUGAAGUUGUGUACUCUGAUGUGAAGUUCACACGAGGAAAGGUGGGCGCUAAUGAGGGUCCUCAACAAGCUGUGGUGAACAAAGGGUCAAAGGUCACCUCAGAGAGAGUGCUCCUGGUGGUUCUCAGUGUUCUCCUGGCAGCUGCUGUCAUUGCUCUGUGUUUCACCACAUUUAAAAUAAUUAAAACUAACAAAGAGCUCAAAAAUCUGGAAGGUCACAAAAUGAAGUGUGAACGUAAUUUCACAGAGACUCUCUCUAAGAUACAACCAUGCAGCACGGUGCAGCCGACCUGUCCAGGACCUAAAGUAAUAGAUGAUCCUUGUUAUAAAUGUGAAGGAGGCUGGGAGCUACAUGGAGAAAAGUGCUAUUACUUCUCCAACAAUAAAUCAUCCUGGAACCAGAGCAGAGAUGAGUGUAGAGCUAAAGGAGGAGACCUGGUUAAGAUAGACAGCAGAGAGGAGCAGACAUUCUUGCAGAGAAGACUGAAAGAUGUAAUGACUGAAGCUGAGGACAAGUUCUGGAUCGGACUGACAGACUCAGCAGUAGAGGGCAGAUGGGAGUGGGCGGACAGAUCACCACUGAAUGAAAGUUUGAAGUUUUGGAAUCGCAACGAGCCAGACAAUUGGAAUGGGACAAAUGGGACACAUCCUGGUGGAGAGAACUGUGCAAGGAUGGGAGAGAAAGGUGGAGCUAAAGAUCUGAAGUGUUGGUUUGAUGCAUUUUGCUCAAAGCCUCACAGAAGUAUUUGUGAGAAAGCAGGAGUAAAAGGACAGAUUAAAAAAGUAUGUGACUGAAAUUCACAUAUGAAACACCAGAGUGGAGUGAUGCAAUUUUCAAAAGUAAUAUCACAAACAGGAAAAAGGGAACACAAUGAAAUAAGCAUCAGUAAUAGUUUGUAUCUGAUAUUUUUCCUUAGUGAUGUGAUUAUUAUGUGCAACUUGUGGCCACCUGUGAAAUUUAUUAGAGUCCUUUCAAUAAUAAAUCACACUUUUUAACCAAUUAAAUAAUUACAAAGUAUUUUGUAUACAAAAUCAUUAAAAAAUCAUACCUUUAAAUUAUUUAUUAUCACUUCAUCACCUUUAAAGGAGGAAGAAAGAGUAAUGCACUAAAACAAUCAAACAAACAAACAAACAAACAAAGAUCCUGUGUUUCUCACACUGUGAGAAGCUUUUUUUAAGUGCUAUAAAUAAAAACUCUUUUCUGAACUCUCA